AUGGCAGAACGACCCUCCGUUCCAGCUUCCGGGACUCCAGGUAGCACGACUGCUCCUGCCAGCGAGAAUACCACUGGGUCGAACGAGAGCCGCGGCAGCCGCUACAGCUUUUGUACUUUCUACAGCUCCUCUAAUUACAGUAACCACAGUCUCCACGCACCCGUCUCCGAGCCAUUCCCAUCCACGAUGAGUGUCAUCCUUUGCACUGCGGGGUAUGACCAUACCAUCCGCUUUUGGGAGGCGCUGUCGGGCAUCUGCUCGCGCACCAUCCAGCACCCAGACUCACAGGUCAAUCGCCUGUGCAUCACCCCCGACAAGCGUUUUCUCGCCGCCGGCGGACACAACAAUGUCAAACUCUAUGACAUCAAGUCCACCAACCCCAACCCAGUCAUGACCUUCGAAGGUCAUACCAGCAACAUCACCGGUGUCGCAUUCCAUUGCGAAGGCAAGUGGAUGGUUACAAGUUCUGAGGAUGGGACUGUCAAGGUCUGGGACACUCGCACCGGCGCCCUGCAGCGCAACUACGUGCACCGGGCAGCGGUUAAUGACGUUGUCAUUCACCCCAACCAGGGUGAGCUGAUCAGCGGUGAUCGCGCUGGCAUGGUUCGCGUCUGGGACCUUGGAGAGAGUGUCUGCACUCACCAAUUGAUCCCGGAGGAUGAUACUGCUGUGCUCAGUGUGAGCGUCGCUAGCGAUGGGUCUCUGCUGUGUGCUGGAAAUAAGAAGGGUAAUGUCUACAUCUGGCGCAUGGUUCAGAAUGAAGAAACCACUCGCAUCAUCCCAAUCUGCACCUUCCAGGCCCACAAGGAUUACCUCACCCGCGUUCUCCUGUCUCCCGAUGUCAAGCACCUGGCCACCUGCUCCGCUGACCACACUGCCAAAGUGUGGAAUCUUGACGCAGAAUAUCCCCCCGCCAAGGUCGCCAUCAAGGAAUUCAAUGACCGAAAGGCUUCGCAGGGCACCGAGGAGAACCAAACUGAGGCUUCACCAACUCCCGCUGAGACUACCCGUAACCAGAAUCGUGACCUCUUGCGCAUCUUCGAUGCCCCCGUUCAGGACAGAGACCUCCUUCGCAUCAGUGAGGCGCCUCGAGAUGAGACCCAAACACCUCAGCAAACUUUCACUCCUUCGCCCGAUGGACCGCCUAUGGACCCCAACAACGGCACUCUAUUCCUCGAGACGACCCUUGCCAACCACCAACGCUGGGUCUGGGACUGUGCCUUCUCCGCCGACUCCGCUUACCUCGUCACCGUGUCCAGCGAUCACUACGCUCGCCUCUGGGAGCUCAGCUCCGGCAACAUCAUCCGGCAGUACUCCGGUCACCACCGCGGCGCAGUCUGCGUGGCCCUAAACGACUACUCCGAGCCUCGCUAA